UUAAGUGAAUCUCAAAAGGAACGCAAAAAUGAUAAACAUAAAUAAGAUGAGAUAACCAUCCAUAUCAGUUAUAUGUCAAAAAAAAAAAAAAGAAAAAGAAAAAAAAACAGCAACAGCAACAAAAAAGCAAAAUAAAUGACAAACGUCAGGAGCUCCUGCAAACGUAAAAAAAUGACAUUUUAAAAGACUUAAAAUCAUAUGUUGUCAUGGCAACGUAGCAUUUAUUUUAUAAUUUUCGCUUAUUUAUGACCAAAGUGCAUCCUUGGAUUGUUUAUCCAUCAAUUUGAUCACUGUACAGCGCAAGGUAAAUUUAUUUAAAGGUAAAUUUAUUAUAAAAAGUUAAAUUUCAAAGAAAUCCAAAAUUUGGUAUGAACCACCUGUCAAAAUCGAUUUGCUAUGUCGACGUCAAAAUAUCUUGUUCAACAGCACUUAUGCCAUUUUGUUCAUAGUUAAAUGCUUACAUCUGAAGAGAAAAGAACUUGUUUACAGCAAUACUGGUGCACAAAAGAACACGCACUUUGUUGAUUUGGCCGUCUCACAGAUAAAAAAACAGACACUGAUGUCUUGAACACACUUAGCAAGACAAUAGAUCUAAUUGCAACAAACUCGUUUUCAGCAGCUGUCGAAGAGGUAGCUUUAUAGGAAGACCUAACUCGUAAAUUGAAAUCGAUCAAUAACAUUGAAUAUAGAGAUGAACAACUCCACGAUAGAACAACCAUUAUCGGUGGUGGAUGGUCCCUUGUUUGUGUCGUUGAUUGUCAUCAACGCUUUUAGUGCUGUCUUGGCAAUUGUUUUGAACCUCUUGGUCAUCGUUACUUUUGUCAAGACGCCAUCUUUGCGAACACCUUCGAACAUUCUUAUUCUUUGUCUCGCUAUCACUGACUUUGGUGUUGGUGCUUUGGUGCAGCCUGCUUACUGUACAUUUCUUUUUGCUGAUAUGACUAACGACACGAAUUUAUAUCAAACUGUUUAUGAAGUAGUAUUGCUACCAGCUUUCAAUAUAUUAUUUAAUGCAUCAAUUUUGACAAUAACUGGCAUUACUGUCGACCGAUUCCUUGCUCUUCACUUACAUCUAAGAUACCAAGACCUUGUCACCAAGAAGCGCAUAUCAAUGGUGGUAAUAAUGAUUUGGACAUUCAGUGUGCUGUGGACAUGCCUCUGGCUUCUCUUGGUAAAAGUGACUGUCGUUAUUGUGCAUAUUGAAAAUAUUUUAUCUCUGUUAUUUUUGUUAUUUAACAUUGCUCUGAUGCUGAAACUAUCUUGUGUUAUCCGUCAACAUGCAGAACAAAUUCAAGUCCAACUGCAGGCAAUGAACGCACAGCCUGGUGCAGCAGUGAACAUUAAGAGGUCUGUGAAUAUUAUGUAUUAUGUACUGGGAACAUUUUUCCUGUGUUAUUCCCCUACCAUUGUUACUUGGAUUAUUCAAGCCUUUAUGUCGAAAUUGGAGAUUUCGAUUGUGGUUCGAUCCAUUCUCUUUAUGAACAGCAGUAUCAAUCCAAUCAUUUAUUUCUGGAGAAUACCAGACAUGCGAAAUGCUGCUCUUCAAUCAUUGCGAUCUUUUCGAAGAAGAAACAACAACAACAACAACAACAACAACAACAACAACAACAACAACAACAAGAACAGCAGCAGCAGCAGCAACAACAGCAGUAGAAAUAGCAAUAGCAAUGAGAAUGAAAUUGCCAAUGCCAAUGCCAAUGGCAAUGGCAAUGCCAAUAACAAUGGCAAUGCCAACAGUGACACAUCGGUGAAUGCAGAGAACUCAGAAAAAACGGGAGAAGAUAGAUGGAUCUCUACCACAUGAUCUGAUUCAAGCCAUCCAGGCAAGAGAUAAAGGAUCGAGUGCUUGGCUGAAUGCUAUACCACCGGGACUGGCUUUAAACAAACAAGAGUUUAGGGAUUCCCUUCGUAUACGCUACAACCUUCCUUUACACGACUUACCAAACGUCUGUCUAUAUGGCUGGCCUUUUGAUGUUAAACAUGCCUUGUCUUGUAAGAAAGGAGGAUUUUUAACAGAGAGACAUGAUAACAUACGUAAUUUCCUGACUACUUCAUUAGGCAAGGUGUGUCACAAUGUUCAAGCCGAACCCAAGCUUAUGAGCGUCUCGACAUCAAAGCAGGAGGUUUCUGUCAACGAGGAGUAGCAACAUUCUUUUACUUACCUCUAUUGCAUGUGAACUCCAAGAGCAACCAAAAUAAGACCAUCAMCACGAUUUUCAAAGAACAGGAGCAAGAAAAGAAACGUAAAUAUCAACAGAGGAUCAUGGAUGUAGGGAUGGAAACUUUCACACCCCUCUUUUUGGAACGAACAGCYAUACGUAUGGGCACUAAGUGCCAAAUGUUUCUAAAGUAACUAGCAGAAAAGCCAUCUAAGAAAACUAAAGAUAUAUCUGCCGAUACAAUAACUUAUCUAAGGACGAAGUU